CCUACUUUUUGUCUUUUUAAAUGACCAAAAUUUCCCCAAUUUUUUCUUCUAAUUUGCCAGAUGCAGGCACUCUCCAGGUUCCUUGUCUACCCUAUUCAACUACUCCCUUUCUCCUCACCUUCUCACGUUCUUCCCUUCCCUUUCUACGUUAUCAGAAGCCGAGGAGUGGCAGGCACUCCCUCGUUCUUCACCGGGAAAGCUUAAUAACCGGCGGAAUUAAGGAGCCUUCUACUGUUUCAGUGGAAGAUAUGCCAUUGGGUGAGGAUACUGCUGACAUGGAGGAUUAUGCCACCUUGUCCAAAUUGCUUCAAGAAUUUGCAAGUAUUUCUAGCAUUGAGAAGGCAUGGAUUGCUAAAUCCGAAAAUGGAAGUGCUUCCCAUGCUAUGUUUUGUAUUGGUCAACCAAAUUUUUUGGCGAACAAAAAGAGGACUCUUUUCCUGUCAUCACAUAUCUCAAAAACUGCUGAGCAUUCUGUGAAAUUCAAAUGGCCUCCCUUUCCUGUUGAGAUGAUUGGAGUUUCAAAAGUUGUUCCAUCACCAUCAGCAUCAAAGCUUCUUAUAGUUCGUAAUAAAGAGAAUGAUUCCUUAGUGUGGCUUGAAAUAUGGGGUCAAUCUCAGUUAGAGAAAGAAAUACAAAUUCCACAAUCUGUUCAUGGUCCUCUAUAUACAGAUGGAUGGUUUGAGGGUAUUUCGUGGAAUCAAGAAGAAACUCUUAUUGCUUAUGUUGCUGAAGAGCCAGCUCCACCAAAGCCAGUAUUCACUGAUGCAGGCUAUAAGAAAGAUGGUUCUUCUGAUAAGGAUGGCACCAGCUGGAAAGGUCAAGGUGACUGGGAAGAGGAUUGGGGUGAAACUUACUCAAAGAAAAAGAGACCAACGUUGUUUGUCUUGGAUAUUAAUAGUGGUGAAGUGCGACCUGUUGAGGGGAUUCCAAAAUCCCUAAGUGCUGGCCAAGUUGUUUGGGCUCCAUCAGCUUCCAUUGGUCAUCUUAAGUGCUUAGUUUUUGUUGGAUGGUCAACAGAAUAUGGUUCACUGAAAACAUCAAGAAAACUUGGCAUUAAAUAUUGUUACAACAGGCCAUGUGCUUUGUAUUUAGUCCAGUCUCCUUUCCGAGAAACAAUUGCUGAUAAACUACCUUGCAAAACUGACGAGAAGGAAGAUUUUGGAUCCGCAUUUCACUUAACUCGAGGCAUAAGUAGUGCGAUGUUUCCGCGUUUCAGUCCUGAUGGGAAGGUUCUCGUGUUUCUAUCUUCAAAAAGUGCUGUGGAUAGUGGGGCACAUUCAGCGACUGAUUCACUUCAUAAAAUUGAUUGGCCCGCUGAUGGGAAGCCUAAUACAUCACCAACAAUUUAUGAUGUGGUUCCGGUUGUUGCUUGCUCUGAGGAUAAUUGCUUCCCUGGGAUUUAUGUUGCUAACAUUCUUGAUAGUCCAUGGCUUUCUGAUGGAAGCACAAUGAUACUUUCUUCUGUAUGGCGUUGCACCCAAGUAAUACUUGCAGUGAAUGUUAAGAGUUGCACUCUCUCACGAAUUACUCCCUCUGAUUCAACUUACUCAUGGAAUUUUCUUGCACUUGAUGGGGACAAUAUUCUUGCUUUGUCCAGCAGUCCUAUAGACCCACCUCAAGUCAAGUAUGGAUAUCAUAUUCCUCAGGAGCAAGAAUUAACUUGGAAUUGGCUGGAUGUUCCAAGUCCACUAGAAGGAUCGUCCAAUAAGAUAAGAUCUUUGCUGUCAUCACAUGGGUUCAGUAUACUGAAGAUUCCAGUUAAUGAUAGCUCUGACAAACUUUCUGAAGGUGCAAAGAAGCCUAUUGAAUCUAUAUUUGUUUCACGCAUAAACUCUUGCUGUGAAGAUUCCUGCAAAGAGGGAUUGAACGAUGGUGCAUCUAAUCCACUAAUUCUAAUCCUCCAUGGUGGUCCGCAUUCAGUCUCAGUAUCAGGCUAUUCAAAGUCUAUUGCAUUUCUUUCUUCAUUAGGUUACAACCUGCUUAUUGUGAACUAUAGGGGCUCAUUGGGCUUUGGAGAAGAAGCAUUACAAUCUCUUCCCGGAAAGAUCGGAUGCCAGGAUGUAAAUGAUGUGCUUGCAGCUCUAGAUUAUGUUCUUGAAAGGGGUCUAGCAGAUAGUUCUAAAGUUGCUAUUCUUGGAGGUUCACAUGGUGGUUUCUUGACAACGCACCUGAUUGGCCAGGCUCCAGAUAGGUUUGCUGCUGUAGCUGUCAGAAACCCAGUGUGUAAUCUUGCAUUAAUGGUUGGUACCACAGAUAUCCCCGAUUGGUGCUAUUUCGAGUCUUAUGGGAUGCAAGGAAAGAAAUUAUUUUCAGAGGCUGCUUCAUUAGAACACUUGGAACUUUUUUUUAAUAAAUCCCCUAUAGCCCAUAUUUCUAAGGUUAAAACACCUGUGCUUUUCCUCUUGGGUGCGCAAGAUCUUCGUGUUCCAGUUUCUAAUGGUUUACAGUAUGCGAGGGCUCUAAAAGAGCAAGGAGUCGAGGUCAAAAUUAUCAUGUUUCCAGAUGACGUGCAUGGGAUUGAAAGGCAGCAAUCUGAUUUUGAGAGCUUCCUUAACAUCGGAGUCUGGUUUAAGAAGUACUUAAAAUGAAGAGAUCUGAUUGAAAUUAUGAUUUUCAUGGACUCAUCCUGUGUGAACCCAAUCUUAUUCAAAUUUGAAGGCUUCAUUAAUUUCUAAUAUUGGCCACAUUUGAAAGGGUGGAGAACAAGAGUGAAAGUUAAAAGUUGUGGUGUUCUUUUCUCAAGAAUCGGUUCUGUUAUACGUUCAUGGAAUUUAAUUUAAUAAAGAACAGUAAUGUGUUUUAUA